CUCUGAACAUGUGCGGCGUGCUUUCUUUUAAUUAUCUCAGUACUUCUAGUCCCCAUGCAGUUGCAAUUAGGGGAAACUAAUUUUACAUCCCCUAUUAAGUGGUUGGGUUGCGAAGCAGCGUUCUGCUGGUUCAACUCCCACUAUUCCCAUGAGCUCAGCAGGUGGCCGCGGGUAAGCCACUCCUCUCAGCCCCAGCUGUAUUGCAGGGAUAAUAAGACUGACUUUGUUCACCGCCCUGAGUGGGGCAGCAGGUAUUUUAAAAUUCAGUGCUACUUAUGGUGUAAAUCAAACGUAGCGUGCAGGAGAAUCCAAUUGUCUUGCUACGUUAAAUGGCAGGCAGGCCCUGUUUUCUCCUUCCAUUUGUAAAAGGCGGGGCGGUGGUGAAGAAUCUACUCCAGAGAGGCCGCUCUCCCCGCACGGAUCACGGCUUCUGAGAAAGUCCCGCCGUUUGCAAGGGAAGCGAGAGCAGCUCCGCCUCCUCCGCGCUCGCUCCUCCUCAAACAGCAUGUCAAUUACAAGGAUGUGACGCUAGCGGCGGCAGCGCCUGCCACACCCCCGCUGGGGGAGAAGGGGGCGGCGGCUGGAGCGCCGUAAUAUACUUCCCCGCCUGGCUGGGCGCGGGUCUAGGUGGGGCCGCGAGCCGGAUCUGCGUCUCUCGUGCGCUCCCGGAGCAGGAGCCGCGCUUGCAGUUUGGCACACAGCGCCGCGCUGCUGGGUCCGGGCGGUGCCGUCCCUCUCUUCCUUUGCAACCAUGUCUUCGUCGUCGCCUCCUUUCGAUAACCCUUUCCCCAGACCUCGCUGCUUGGCCGCUGCCGCCCCCGCCGGCAAAGCGAAACUGACCCACCCGGGCAAAGCUAUCCUGGCAGGUGGCAUUGCUGGUGGCAUUGAGAUCUGCAUUACAUUCCCCACAGAAUACGUGAAAACUCAGCUUCAGUUGGAUGAAAAAGCUAACCCUCCACGCUACAAAGGCAUUGUGGACUGCGUGUCGCAGACUGUCAAAGGCCAUGGCAUCAAAGGGCUUUAUCGAGGCCUCAGCUCAUUGGUCUAUGGCUCCAUACCGAAGGCUGCUGUAAGGUUUGGCAUGUUUGAAUUCCUCAGCAACCAAAUGAGAGAUGCCCAGGGGAAGCUAGACAGCAAACGCGGCCUCAUUGCCGGCCUGGGGGCUGGUGUGGCUGAAGCGGUGGUUGUGGUGUGCCCCAUGGAAACUAUUAAGGUGAAGUUUAUCCAUGACCAAUGCUCACCAAAGCCAAAGUAUCGAGGUUUCUUCCAUGGAGUGAGGGAAAUCGUUCGGGAACAAGGUUUAAAGGGAACAUACCAGGGCUUAACAGCAACGGUCCUAAAACAGGGAUCAAAUCAGGCUAUCCGCUUUUACGUCAUGACGGCGCUCCGGAAUUGGUACAAAGGUGAUGAUCCCAACAAAGUCUUCAAUCCUCUGGUUACUGGGAUAUUUGGGGCUCUUGCUGGAGCUGCCAGUGUGUUCGGCAACACCCCGCUGGAUGUUGUGAAAACCCGGAUGCAGGGUCUUGAAGCACAUAAAUACAAGAGUACUUGGGACUGUGCCUACCAGAUCAUGAAGUAUGAAGGACCCUUGGCGUUUUACAAAGGUACUGUCCCCCGUCUGGGCCGGGUCUGUUUAGACGUGGCCAUCGUGUUCAUCAUCUACGACGAAGUGGUCAAGGUACUCAACAAGGUGUGGAAAACUGACUGAAACGGACAUGAUGGAAAGCAGAGGUGCCGUCUCAGCACCUGCCAGGCAACAGCUGGAAAAAAAAAUGUGACCAACCUCCAAGGGCCUUCUCAGGGCGUCUCUGCGCGAGUGCGCCUGGAAGUGCACCUGAGCCUCCUUCCUACAUUGCAAACAGGACACUAAUCCAGUCCCCAGCCAGCUGUUUCCAUAUCAAGCUUUCUGACUCUUAUUUAUCGGAAGGAACUGUGGAGGAUUUUAAAUUAUUAAUUGUGUGGUGACGUGACCAGUGGAGAUGGGGGGGGGGAGGGGGAACAAACCCAGAUACCACUUGCAACCAGACCAUCUCUGCAGUCUUGGGAAGUGGGCGGGGGGAGGACUUCUCUUGGUGACCAUGCAAACAGGAGAAAAGAAACCUUCCUUCUCCCCACCCCCACCCACUAGACUGCAGAUCAAGCCAAGUUGCCUUUUACGAAACGUACUAAUUUAGGGUGUGGGUGUGGAUUUUCUUGCCAGUGUGGUGUUUCUAUGCCUUUUCCGCCAAGAGGCACCAUAAAGAGCCAGCAUUGGAGUUUUGUUGGGGAGGACUCUACAGAAUUACUGCAGGCAGCGGGUGGGAGCUCUCGCCUUUUCCGCUCCUAUAAUUUGCCAGCAGAGGGUCUUUAGUGAUUCCCAUUGACCAAGGGACAUCCCAGAGAAACCCAAGUGGCCAGGGGGUGGGUGGCUGGGUGGGAUUGGAUGCAUGGUGGUUUUCAUUCCUGUCUUUUACCAUCACCCCUAGUUUUGAUCUUUGCACAUUUUAGGAGCUAUGAUUAUGGGCCAAGAGAAACACUUGGAGGCUUUUGACAAAACCAGUACGUGAUUCAUUCCAUAGAUCUUUUUUCACAACAGCUUUCUUGCAGUAACUCAUGAUUCUUGGCCCUUGUCUGGUCCUUUUCAGUCAGAAGCAGGCAUCUUAGGCCCAAGCUAGAUGUGACAAUAGGAGAUCGGUUGGAGGAUCUCCCGAGUUUUCAUGAACAGCCUACAGUAGGGGCUGGGGGAAGGAAUGGUUUCCUUCUACGCUGCUUUCACUAUCUUCAUUCCUCCAGCCCCGCCUACACCCCAGAUGUUUGGCUCAUGGAGGAAAAUUAUGUGGGCAUCCCAUGGCAUAUGCGUGUGUUUCACAUGAGGGAGGGAGCAAUUGAAGUGUGUGGUGUGUAUAUGGAUAGAGAGGAAAGACCUAACCCACCCUUCUGCUGUGCCAGUGCCUCAGUCUGAUCCCAGUCCCCCUCAGUUGUUUACAGGGUUUUGUUCCUUUUUGUUUUACAAAGAAUGAAAUAGCAAGAGAUCUAAUCACGGCUCUCCUAUUUUGACAUUUUGUUUGGCCUUUUCAAUUUCAGGGGUUUGACCCAUAUGUGUGCUUGCUGGUUCAAGAAUAUGUGAAGGGGGUGUAUUGUCUGUCGAGGCCUCUAUCCCGGGCAUAGGUGGUGGGGGAGCAGUUGUCUACUGCUGGCAUCUUUUUAAACCAGUCUGCAAGUUGCACCUGAUUCUUAAGGUCUUCUCUCAAAGAUUUCUUAAGGAUGACAUCUUUUUUUGUUUAGUGUCCAGUGAAAGAUCAACAGAAAUCAGGGAGCCACUGCCUUUUUACAUUUUCCUCAGUUAUUUCUGAGGUGAGUUAAAAUCCCUUCCUUCAAUGAGCUGCCCUCAGUUGAGGGAAGGCUGAGCAGAAAAAUGAAGCAGCUGGCAAAGUGUCUUUACUCCUUAGAUUUGGUCUCUGGGUGCUCUGGGCAGCAAAGUCCUUCCCUGUGAAACAAUUUCUUCUUUUAAAACAACGUAUUAAUUUCCCUCUUACUUGGAUACCUUUGGUUUGAGAGUCAUCAUGAGUCCCUUGAUUAACAGGUUUUGGCAAACCAAAGUUGCCUGUUCACUUAAGCCUCUUUGCUGUUCUGCUGAAUUUCAAACACAAUGCUUGCACUUUGUUGGGAAGGGACCGUCCUCCUCUCUUUGCCAAGGUGCCAAGGGAAAUCGCAAUGAUUCCAUGACCAGUUUGUGCCAAAUCUUUUAUGUCCAUGUCCAGUAUAUUUGUGGUAGUGGUUCCCCCCCCCUUCCCCAUUUCGCUAUGUACUAUUUUAACUAGAUGCAGUCUCUUGUAGAAGGGAGGUCUGGUUGGGGGAGCAGACCAUGAGAAACCCCAAGAGAUACCUGCUGCUCUUUUUCCACAAUUGAGAUAUAAUUACAAAUUGAAUAAAAAUGAUAUGCUCAACUUUUGAAAGCUUUGGACCUUGAAUCAGGAGAUGUGAAACAGUUGGAAGAUUUCAACUUGGUGUGUUCAACCAAAUGUGCACGUUGGCUGUAAGAGAUCAUUCUAAUUUCCUGGACUAUUUCACUUAGCACUGUCCCUGUAAUCUUUUACACCCCCUUGUGGUUGAAUGUUGGCUUCUAUCAAAGGGAGGUCUUCCUACCACGGGCAAGUAGCUGCACUGCACCCACUGCCUUGCUUGGUUUGAUCAUGUGACAAGCUGCGGCAGAAGCUUAGGUUUCAUUGCUCAUGUUUCACCAGCCAAGGAUUUCUUUGAUUAUCUGAACUUGAAUGCAUUACAUCCAUUACUGUGCUGGCGGACCAACAAUCCAACGGCUCUCCUGGGCUUUCCAGAAUCAAGCUGUCCAAUGCCGCUAAUAAAACCAAAGUUGCCUGUUCACUUAA